AUGGAGGAAAUAUCUCUGCUGUGGCUGCUCUUUCUGACUUCACUGCUGAGCUGCAGCACAAACCAAGCUCGUCUGACUGUGAGUCCCAGCAGCUCUCAGUUCUUUAAAUAUGACUCUGUGUCUCUGAGCUGUGAGGAGGACGACAGCUCUGCUGGAUGGACUCUGAGGAGAAACACAAGCAAACAGCAGAGGACUCAGUGUGGAGAUGGGUGGGGAAGAUGGUCUGGUUCUUCCUGUAACAUCAGUGACAUCUUUACAUUGGACAGUGGAGUUUACUGGUGUGAGUCCAGAGAGGGUGCCAUCAGUAACAUGGUUAAGCUCACAGUCUCUGGUGGAUCAGUGAUCCUGCAGAGUCCUGUCCUCCCUGUGAUGGAGGGAGAUGACGUCACUCUGCUCUGUCAGACAAAGACCACUCCCUCCAACCUCCCAGCUGCUUUCUAUAAAGAUGGCUCCCUCAUCAGGAACCAGACUACAGGUCACAUGACCAUCCAGCAUGUUUCCAGGUCUGAUGAAGGCCUCUACAAGUGUGACAUCAGCGGUCAUGGAGAGUCUCCAUCCAGCUGGAUCACUGUCACAGAAAAACCUACAACCACAGCACCACCUACUAGCCCACCUCUUCCCCCUGACUCCUCCUCCCUCCAUCUUGUGAUCAGACUGCUCUUCUACCUGGUGGUGUUCUGUCCGUACUUCAUCUCCACUCUCCUCAUGGUGUCUUUAUAUUGUCACAGAGCCACAGGUAACACUCUGAAUCAUUCACUGAUCAAUCAAUAUGCUGAUGAUAUGCUGUCUGAACUCACACCUGAAACAUAUUUGAUACUGGAGGAACAUGAGGACCUUGGCAACAACCUUCAGCCUCGCGAGCUGCUCACCAGUCUUCUUCCCUGGCCGAUGCCAGGGCUGAGCCAGAGACUGCUUUUCUGCCUGCACCUGAUGAUGCCAGGCCUCAGGCACAUACUGAACCUGAACCAGCAACCUCAGACUGAGACUGAUUGGAAAUCCAAAUACUAUCUUCCAGAGACUGCUUCUCCACCUGCAUCUGCUGAUGCCGAGACCCAUUUCUCUGCCUUUGCCUUGGCCCACCCAGAGACUUUGUUUGUUCCUGCAGCUCAUGCAGUGAAGUCAGUCCAGUAUAAACAGAAGACCCUGAACCUGCAGAGCUUCCAGAGCCAGUAG